AUGGCCGACGUAUUCCUUACUUUUUUCCGGAGCACCUUGCCAGAUGACCUCGCUGCUGUCCUGGAAACCGCGCUGCAAGCAACCGAGACCGGCGAUUUCUUAAAAGUAUUACAAUUACCAGAAACGCAAAUCUUGUUGGGUCACCAGGAGAAUGAGGCCACAAAAAAUGUCAAGAGCAGCGAUUUUGGGCUUUGGAGCGAUUACAUCUUUCAUCGAUUAGGACUCUUGCUGUCGAAAAAGAGUGAAGAGGAGGCUUCCACACCGAUCCAGGAAACAGCAGCGUAUCGACAGCAUCUGUACUUCCUUGUUGCAGUCGCUGCAUUGCAUGCGUUUCUGCAGUCCAAUGUCACGGGUCCGCCGCUGCCUUUCAAAGCCGCGGAAGUGGCGUUACCGCAGGAUGUAGCGAGUGAUACAAAAGCAGUGAGCAAGACGCGAGCAGAAUUGGUCGCGUCGUUGAGCACAGAUGGUGUUGCAGCGUAUAAGCUUACACCGAACAUUGAGCUGCUGUGUCUGGCACAGACUAUUCUCAUCAGCCCACCUAUUGCGAAGAACGUUGCAGCUUCUGCGUGGACAAAACUCAGAGUCAACUUCAUACACCAGAGGCUGCUCAGUGAACCAGCACCAAAACUCCAAGAUGCGAUUUACGAGGACGUCAAGGUUGUGGAGGAUUUGAUUAUGAACUCGGCAAAGAAAGAGGAGAUUAAAGAAUUGUACACGAGCUUUUUGCUUGAGAGAGCUGCGAUCCAUACGCAUCAUGGGCUGGAUAAGAAGGCCAGGGCGGAUCUGGAGCAGGCGACUUCCGAGCGCAAGUUUGAGUUUGCGUUGACGGGGUUGAUGGGAAAGAGGACGAAGUUUCAAACAAAGGAUACCAGCCAGUUGAUCGUGUUGGCUCGAAGCGCGGGUUCGGAUACUAAUGGCACUACGGACGGUGUUUCGCAGCCAAAAGCGCUGGAUUUGAACGACGAUACUUUACUCGAGUCCAUCUCCUUCACCAACAACACUGCUUCAAUGGAUAUCAAGGACGAGUCUGCCCUACCCGCAUCUCUUACGUCAAUGGACCCUUCAAAUCAACCGCUUCUAGAUCCCUUGGACUCUGUCAUCAUGCUUUCUCUAGCCGAGAGCAUCAAGAACACGAAUCCGGCAGAUGGGAUCACAAGAGAGCAGACGGAGCCUCGCAUCGAAGGUUACAAGUCGCGAACCCUUGAGCGUGGUCUAUUGCAGCUUCAAGCGCUCGUUGAUCAAGUCAUUGCCGAGACAUCGGGUGAUGCUACUACGGAUGCUGAGACGGGGGAGAAGAUCACUGCUUUCCUGCCAGCGGCAAAAGAAGGAGAAUCAGCACCUGUUCAAGAGCGUCUCCGUUACGUGUUCCCGCUUUGCUCUCCAUCACGAUGGGAGCUGGAGGCUGAGCUUGCUGCUCGCUGGGUCUCGCUCGGUGGUCUACGGUCCGCACUGGAGAUCUACGAGAGGCUGGAAAUGUGGGCUGAAGCCGCGCUUUGCUAUGCUGCUACAGAAAAGGAAGACAGGGCGCGAAAGAUGAUUCGACGACAGCUCUUCCAUGCUAUCAACGGCGAUGAGGAGACAGUUGAUCUUGACGAGGAGAAGUGGGAGGGCGCUGAACGCGAUCCUCCACCCGCUGAAGCACCGCGGUACUACUGCAUUCUAGGAGACCUCGACAACGACCUCGCCAUGUAUGAGAAAGCCUGGGAAGUCUCUGGCAAACGGUACGCACGCGCCCAGCGUUCGCUCGGACCAAAGAUAUAUCGCCGCCCGCAACUACGAGAAAGCCGCAGAAGCGUAUUCUCUCUCCCUCAAAAUCAACUCCUUGUACCAGCCGGCCUGCCCAAGACCACGGAAAAUGAAGACGGCGUAGUAGAAGAAACACGGGUGUCAAACCACCCACGUACCGACGCCCUCAAAGCUUUCAAACGCGCAGCCACAAUCAAACACGACGACUACCGUAUCUGGAACAACGUCCUCGCCGUCGCGGCAUCGACAAACCCCCCCUCAUGGUCCGACGUCAUCACAUCCCAACGACGCAUCGCCGAGUUGCGUGGCGCCACCGACGGCGAGAAAUGUGUGGAUGCGGAAAUCGUGGAUAUGCUAGUCAAACACGUCGUCUCGUUGGAAGGAGGCUUCGAUAUCACGCGUCCGGGUCUCGCCCGCAUGGUAAACGACCUCCUAGAACGAGUCAUCAAGCCCCUCAUCACGUUCUCCCCGAAACUCUGGAUUAUUCUAGCAACGCUAUACACGCAUACACGCCGACCUGGCUCAGCGCUAGAGUGCCACGAGAAGGCCUGGCGCGCAGUUACCAGCCAGCCGAAGUGGGAGUCGGGAAGUGAACAAGUGUGGAACGCGGUAGUGGAUAUGACGAUUGACCUCGUCGACGCAUAUGAGACGUUGGGCCCACGGGAUAGGACUGAGGGUCUGGGUGCGGGUAGUGGGGAGCUGGUGGCCAAAGACUGGAAAUUCAAGUCGAGGAGUGCGGUGAGGAGUGUUAUUGGCAAGGGCAAGGAGAAUUGGGAGGAUAGUGCUGGGUGGGAGAAGUUGGUGGAGAGGCUGGAGGAGCUGAAGGCUUACAUUCCUCGCUUACAACAGUCCCUGAGCAGGUGCAUAAUCGAAGAAGUUUUCCCUUUCCCCACAUGA